UGUGAGAACAAUGGAAGUGGCGCUCUUGCAGAACAUUCUGAAAAUGUGCAUAUUUCAGGAGUGUCAACUGCUUGUGGAGAGACUGCAGAGCAGAUCCGAGCACCAAGUGGUGUAAUCACAAGUCCGGGCUGGCCAUCUGACUACCCUGCCAAGCUCAACUGCAGCUGGCUCAUCAAGGCAAACCCAGGGGACAUCAUUACUAUAAGGUGUCAAAACAUGAUCAUAGAUGCAUACCUGCAAAAUAAUUACCCAUUUGAGAUAUCUUUUGAAGAGUACUUUUUCUUCCUCUCUUGCAUGUCCCACAUUCUCCCAGGAAAAUCGGAGGAGCCCAGCUGUGCUUGUGAUCAGUUUCGCUGUGGCAAUGGGAAGUGUAUCCCGGAAGCGUGGAAGUGUAAUAACAUGGACGAGUGUGGAGACAGUUCUGACGAGGAGCUCUGUGCCAGGGAGGCAAGUCCUCCAACGGCUGCUUCCUUUCAGCCCUGUGCCUAUAACCAGUUCCAGUGUCUGUCCCGGUUCACCAAAGUUUACACCUGCCUCCCCAAGUCCUUAAAGUGCGAUGGGAACAUUGAUUGCCUUGACCUGGGGGAUGAGAUUGAUUGUGAUGUGCCAACUUGUGGGCAGUGGUUAAAAUAUUUCUAUGGCACUUUUAAUUCUCCCAACUAUCCGGAUUUCUAUCCUCCUGGAAGCAAUUGUACCUGGUUGAUUGACACUGGUGACCAUCGUAAGGUCAUCAUUCGCUUCACUGACUUCAAACUUGAUGGCACUGGCUAUGGUGACUAUGUCAAAAUAUAUGACGGACUGGAGGAGAAUCCACACAGGCUUCUGCGUGUGCUGACUGCUUUUGAUUCUCACGCGCCUCUUACAGUUGUGUCUUCCUCCGGCCAAAUAAGGGUACACUUUUGUGCAGAUAAAGUAAAUGCUGCUAGGGGAUUCAAUGCCACUUACCAAGUCGAUGGCUUUUGUCUGCCCUGGGAAAUACCCUGUGGUGGGAACUGGGGCUGCUACACUGAGCAGCAGCGCUGCGACGGGUUCUGGCACUGCCCAAGCGGGAGGGAUGAAACCAACUGUACCGUGUGCCCGAAGGAGGAAUUUCCGUGUUCCCGCAGUGGCGCCUGUUACCCCCGCUCCGACCGCUGCAACUACCAGAAUCACUGCCCCAACGGCUCUGAUGAGAAAAACUGCUUUUUCUGCCAGCCGGGCAAUUUUCAUUGUAAAAAUAAUCGUUGUGUGUUUGAGAGCUGGGUGUGUGAUUCUCAGGAUGACUGCGGAGAUGGCAGCGACGAGGAGAACUGCCCGGUGAUCGUGCCCACCAGAGUUAUCACUGCAGCCGUCAUCGGGAGCCUCAUCUGCGGCCUGCUGCUGGUCAUCGCUUUGGGGUGUACGUGCAAGCUUUACUCCCUGCGGAUGUUUGAGCGGAGAUCAUUUGAGACCCAGUUGUCAAGAGUGGAAGCAGAAUUGUUAAGGAGAGAAGCUCCUCCCUCUUAUGGACAAUUGAUUGCUCAGGGCUUAAUUCCACCAGUGGAAGAUUUUCCGGUUUGUUCACCUAAUCAGGCGUCCGUGCUGGAGAACCUGCGGCUGGCCGUGCGCUCGCAGCUGGGCCUCACGUCCAUCCGGCUGCCCAUGGCGGGCAGGUCCGGCAGCCUCUGGAGCCGCCUCUGCAGCUUCGCCAGGUCGCGGCACUCAGGUGGCCUGGCCUUGGGCUCGGCGGACGGCGACGAGGUGGUGCCUGGCCCGGGCUCCGGCAGAGACGCAGAGCGAGGCCACGGGCACAGGAGUCUGUUCUCCGUGGAGUCCGAUGACACCGACACGGAGGCUGAGCGGAGGGACGCCGGGGGCGCGGCGGGGGGCGUAGCUGCGCCCCUGCCUCAGAAGGUGGCCCCGGGAUCGGCUGUGGAGGCCGCAGGGGGCAUGCAGGGCACACGGAGCGCGACCGAGGCGGCCCAGGCCAGGGACAGGGACAGGGACGCGGCGCGUGCAGAGGCCCCAGGCGCCAGCCCCGCCCGGCCCCCACUGUCCAGCGCGCUGAGCCGAGUCACACAGGGACUGCGCUGGGUGCGGCUCACGCUGGGGCGCGCAGGACCCUUGCCGCAGAGCCAGAGCCCGCUGAGACGGCUGGAGCCCGCGGCGGUGGCACGCCGCGAUGAGGAGACCGAGGACGACGACGUGGAGCUGCUAGUCCCCGCGGCCGAUGGCGCCGACUGCGCCCGGCCGCUGCUCGACCUGGCACCCGAGCCAGUGCCGGGGCUCUCCGCCGCCAGGCCGGCCCGCGACGGGCCCUGCGAGCGCUGCGGCAUCGUGCACACUGCCCAGGUGCCCGACCUGUGCCGGGACGCUACACGCAAGAGCGAGGCGGGUGAGGACGAGGCGCUGCUGCUGUGCUAGGCUGCCUCGCGCCGGUAGUGUGCACGGGUGCUCGCACCCGCCGCCCUUCCCGGACAAGGGCACCCCCAGGCUGCGGGGUGCUUCCUCUUUUGACCGGCUUCCGUGCAGAGUAACUUGCAACCGAGCUCUCCGUGCUUGCCAGCUCGGACACUGGUGUGACUGCACGAGACGGUAAGGUUGUUAUGUACAGAGAGAACAGUACUACAGCUUUUACGCUCGCCUUUCUAUUUGUGUGAUACCAACUUAUCUUUCAUUGAAUUUAUCAUAUUAUCAAAGGGAAAAAUAAUUCCUCAAAAUUUUUCUCUUAUGUUUGACAUACAGUAAUGUGAAUUUAGUUAGAGUUAGAUGCAUUAACGGCAAAAAGUAAAACUUUUAUAGAUUUUCUAAUACUGACUUUAAUACUCUAACAUGGUACAAACCAAAUGAUAAAAUCCCAAGUCAUUUCUGUUUUCAUCUCUAUUUAGGGACAGAAUUAAGCAGAUGAAGAUACUCUACUAUGCAUUAACCCUUGAACUUUAUACCAUAUGUACAGAAAUUGUACAUGCUGAGUUCCAGCCGGUAAUGUCUCCCUCACGUCCCAGGGCUUGCUUGCAUUGCACCCUACGGAUUUGCACUAAAGUCGUGUCAAGGUCUCAGAUGAGCUAGGUGCACAAGCGCUGUCACUUUAAAUACUAUUAUUUGCUACCAUGGUGACUGUAUAUUUCCACAGCUUUUUUCGGGGUUGGGGAGCAUUUGUGUUACAACUUGAAGUUGCUUUGCCAGUUUCAUAUUUAUUUGUUGUAUUUAAAAACUGCGUUAUUGUAAGAGUGAUUUUUUUCAAUAUAUUUUAUUCAUGGGGGAUCAUGCUGUAAUUUUGAAGAAAAGCGAAUUAAGAUGUAAUUCAGCUUGCCUCCCUUUUUAAGUAGAGUGAAUUGCAGAACCUGUUUAUUUUUUUAUUGUCAACUCCUGUUUAUUUAUUUUCUAGCUAUCUGUUUUAGUAGCUUCAUGACUGAGUACGAAAAUGUGUGUGAUUCUUGCUAUUUAUUAAAUUUAAGUGCUUUGCUGGAUGUUACUUUUAAAGCAUGUUUGAGGUCUGUGUACUUGUGUUAUGCUGUCAGGAAGAACUGACUGAAAUGUUUUAAUAUGUAUCAAAAUUAAAAUGAUUUUUUAUUGCCUUGAGGUACUUUUUAAAUCAAAGUUGUUCUUUAUUUUUGUUGAAUUGUGGUACAAAUAUAGGUUUGGGCUAUAAAUAUCUAAUGUAGAAGAAAGUGAAAGCAGGUCUAUUCUCCUUUACUACUGUAGAGAGAAACAGUGAUUUACGCUGUGCCCCGCGGGAGAGUCCCCCAGGACGGGAGCAGCGUAGCGUGCUGCUCUUGUGUGGUGACCGUGAAAGACAGCAGCUCACCUGGUUCUCUUUUCAUAGUAUUUUUACAUAUGCUUCAGGGCCCUAAAGAAUAUGCUGACAGAAUUCAAUUAGCAAAUUAACCUUUUAAGUCCUAUUAAUAGUACACCAUUGACUGUAGGGUUUUGGCUUUAUUUUCUGGCAUAUGUUUCAUUUAAUUUUUUAUUGGUUAAUACACCUUCCUGCUUGAAAACAGGAGCAAGUCAUCCCUCCCCGACACCCAUCCUCUAGUUCCCCUUCCAAAAGACGCCAGCCAGCGCGUUCGUAUGUGUCCCUGCAGAAGCAGCAGCGCGCUGUGCGCCCAGCACACAGACGGAUCCACGUGUCUGCAGGAGCCGCGUGUCGCCGCAGAGUGCACUCUCCGCACAUCUUCACUGCUCGCCCAGGAAAACACAUCGUGCGCGUGGGACCGCUUACCGCGGAGCAUGUGUUCCUUUCCACCUUUAAGCUGGGGCUUUAGCCUGAGUUUAGGGUUUUGUUGCUUGUUUGUUUGUUUUUCCAGGUGACUAGUUUUCCCAAAGCUCCUGAUUAACUGAAACACUUUUGAUUAAUUUGAAAUGCAGCUUCUGUGUAGUAAAAUGUCACAGUAUUUGGGUAUGUUUCUAGACUAAAGCUCUUUUCAGCUAAUCUGCCGCUCUUUGCGCCAACACUACGUUGGUUAGUGACUCAUUUUAAAAUAUACCUGAUAUUCUUGCAUGUCUUUACUUCUGAGCUGUAGAAUCAGCUUGAGACCCACAAACUUUUUUUUUUGACAGAUUUAAUUUUGUUUAUUAGCUUAGGGGAAAUCUAUAUCAUUGUCAUAUAAAAACCUUUUGCCUAAACCAUGGUGCCCUCUAAACAGUGCCUACUUAUUUGGGGGGAGGGACGUUAUUUCCUUCAGAUGUGGUUUAGUUUAUAAAAAUGCCAUACAUCUUUAAAAUGUCAUACAUCCUGUUAGUCUUAACAGAGCCCAUCAUUUUAUUACUAUGAUUAAAUACUUUCCAUGUAUUACUUAGCCUAAUUUUAGCAUA